AGCUGAGAUUAAAACCAGACUCAUUUCCUCCAUAGGCUCGAUUCUUCUCUCACAGACAAAAAAGCAGUCUCAGGAAAGAUGUCUGUCUCCAUGACCAAAGGCGAGGGGGUCACUGUGUUCACUAUGACCGUUGACCCCAAAAGUUCCUGUCCUCCUCUGAGCCCAGUGUGGUGCACUGUGUCCCAGCAGCUGAGGACAGUUCAGAGAAUGUCUCAGUCAGUACUCGGGGCUCUGCACAUCAUGACUGGUUUUCUCCACAUUGGCCUCGGAGUGAUUCUCCUGAACAGUGGCUCUGGGUGGUUAAUGGAAGACACCUUGUUUCCUGUUUGGAUGGGAGAACUGUUUAUUUUAUUCGGUGUGAUGUGCAUCCUCUCGGAGAAGUUCCCCAGUCAGUGUCUGGUCAGCAUCAAUGUGAUUCUGAACAUGACGGGAGUUGCUUUCGCCAUAACAGCCAUCGUACUCUACAGCAUCAACAUGGCAGACGUAGACUUGUGGUGGAUGUGUCUCGAUGACAAUUAUGGAUCCAGUUACGAUGAUCAAAUCAUCAAUACGUCUACCGAGGAGAGCGUCAGCCUUUCGAAUCACCUCAUCUGGGAGAAGGACAGCGUCCUGGAGAGCUGCAUCAAUGGCAAAUAUGUGACCCUGAUGCUCCUAAGAGGAAUCAAUGGCGUGUUGAUCGUUCUGUCGGUCCUGGAGCUCUGCGUCACCAUCAGCUCUGUCGUCAUGGGGAUUAAAGCUCUGAAGAGCGGGGACAAGAGAGAGAAUGAGAAAACAGGCGACCUGGAGAAGCACCAACCUCUUCUAGAGGAAAUCACCAAGUAACACUAAAGCCUGAAGAUCACUGCAUUGUACA